CUUCAAGAUUUAAAAAAACUCAAUCUGGAAAAAAACCAUCUAAAAGAAAGUUAUCACCUGUUAAUACUACAAGAAAAAGAUCAUGGCAAGACACUAAUCCAUUGGCCACUAAUGAAAUUGUAGCAGAAAUAAAUCCUAUUGCUAAUUUGAAUAAUAAGAAAGAAGUUGGUGAUGCAGAUGAAGUUGGCAAUGUGGCUGCUAUUGAUAAUGAUGAGAUAGGUGCUGUAGCCAAAGUUAAUCCAAGUGUAAUGGUUAAUCUAGCAAAUCUCACAGGUGUUGUGGCAGGUGUUGUGGUAGAUCUCGCAGGUGUUGUAGUGAAUCUCACAGAUGUUGUGGUAGCAGGUGUUGUGGUAGAUCUAUUACGUCAUGCUAUAGUAGAUCUAUUAGGUGUCAUAGAACUAGACAUAGGGAUAGGUAUAAUUGGUGUAGAAG